CAGUGCACAGCUAGGUUGAAUAAAACGUUGCAUUAAGCCGGUCUGCUGUAAGUCUAAAAAUAUAAAAUUUAACUUAUUUAUUAGGUUAUAUAUUAGUUAUUUAUUGUUUUUUUUACUUAAUUGAGGAAACAUGUGUGGCAUAUGGGCAGUUUUUGGAGUGUCCUCCAAUUUACAUAACCAGUGCGCCAAUAAUUUUACAAAAAUUUCGCACAGAGGGCCAGAUGCGUGGAGGGUGGAAUAUGACAACCAAAUUAAGAAUUGCUGCAUUGGAUUUCACAGACUGUCUAUUGUCGAUUGCACGUAUGGUAUGCAACCCAUGAAACUCCACCAAUAUCCCCACACCAUGUUGAUUUGUAAUGGUGAACUGUACAAUCACAAAAACUUGGCCACUCAGCAUUCCUUUGAGUAUGAGACCAAGUGCGAUGUAGAGUGCAUUCACCAUUUGUACCAGAAAUUUGGCAUUGAAGGAUGUUGCAAAAGCCUUGACGGUGUUUUUGCCUUCUGUUUGGUCGAUAUACCAAAGAAGAAGGUUUUCUUGGGGAGAGAUCCUUACGGGGUUAGACCCUUGUUCAGGGUGACCAGCGAAAAGGGGAUGUUGGGGAUAUGCUCAGAAGCCAAAGGUCUGGUAGCCGUCCUGGAUGAUCUUAAUGGUGACGGGAAGUCCAUUGAACCAUUCCCUCCAGGAACAUUCGAGGAAUACGAUCUUCUAGACAAUGGAUCAGUCAAAUUAGUAAGAAGUCAAUCGUACUACACUCCCGGUCUGAAACCUACAUUUAAAACAGUCAUCCCUUACGAAGAUUUGGUAACAAACGAUCACCUCAAGAACAUCAAAACCCUCCUCACAGCUGCAGUCAAAAAGCGCCUAAUGGCUGACCGCAGGAUAGGUUGUUUCCUCUCAGGAGGCCUAGACUCCUCACUCAUUGCAUCCCUGUUGGUAAAAGAGGGCAAAAAGAUGAACCUCCCUUACAAAAUCCAAUCCUUCGCCAUUGGCAUGGGAGACAGUCCCGAUAUUAGGGCGGCUCGCCAAGUAGCCGAAUACAUAGGUACUGAACACCACGAGAUCAUCUUCAGUGAAGAAGACGUGGCAAGAGUGCUCGAUGAGGUUAUUUACACCCUGGAAACACCAGAUAUAACGACUAUUAGGGCUUCGGUAGCGAUGUACUUGAUUUCCAGAUACGUUUUGGAGAAUACCGACACAACGGUGCUUUUUAGCGGCGAAGGGGCAGAUGAGGUUGCCCAAGGGUACAUUUAUUUCAGGGAUGCGCCCAAUGCUAAAGAAGCCCAUGAGGACAGCUUGAGGUUGCUCAGGGAAAUUUAUUUGUUUGAUGGUUUAAGGGCUGAUAGAACUACAGCUGCUAGCAGUUUGGAACUUAGAGUUCCAUUCUUGGAUCUACAGUUCACCAACUACUAUCUUAACAUGCCAGCAGAGCUAAAACAACCCAAAGAUGGCGUUGAAAAGUACAUGCUCAGAGCUGCCUUUGACAAAACUGACACUCUCCCAGACAAAAUCUUAUGGAGACAUAAGGAAGCCUUCAGUGACGGUGUAGCAUCGAAAAAGAAGUCCCUCUUCGUGACGCUCCAAGAGAUAAUCGAGAAAAGAAUGCCGGAACCCUUCAACGCUGAGGCGACAGCCAAAAAAUACCCGCACUGCACUCCCAAAACUAAGGAGGCGCUUUAUUACAGGGAAGUUUUCGAAAAAUCUUAUCCCAAGAUGGCGGAUAAGUUCGUGCCUUUCUAUUGGAUGCCCAGAUGGGUCGAGGGUGUGACAGACCCAUCCGCCAGGUUCAUCAAGCAUUAUUCUGCUGAGCAGAAAUGAAGGAAAUAAAAAUAAAUUUGUUUUUUG